AUGAAAUUAUUAAUAGCAAUAUUUGUAGUAUUUGUUCAAAUUUUUGGUGAAAAAUUUGAAAUUAGAAAAUAUUUCGAAUGCGCUGAUGUCUAUCAAAAUGCUGAUUUUCUUGAUAUUUGUGAUAAAAAUAUAACAAUCUACAAAUCUAGACAGCGAAGUUUGCAAGCUUAUACUUCAUCAGCAAAAAAUGUAUGGUUUUUUGAGUUGAAUCUUGAUAUUCCAAUCGACACUCUUUUGAAUUCUGAUCAAUUCUCAAUGAUUAUGAAAAAUGCAAUUAUUGAUGAAGUUAAAAUAUUGGAGUUGGGCGAUCUUGAAACACUUUUUAUUCAUAAAAAUGUAUGCAUUUUUACUUUGAAUUUGGAUUUUUGGCCACAAAUUGAGGAAUAUGUUAGACAAUUGAUUUUUGAUAGAAAAUUUGUAGUUGUUUUGAGAAAUUGUGAAAUUGUUUUUUGGAAUUUUAACAAUAUUGAAUGUUUGCAAAACAAAUAAAUUUGAAUUUUUGAAGUUUUUUUUAUUUUGGGUAAUUCUUCAAAUCAAUUUCAGUUCAUCAGGGUUGGAAUAUAGAUCAAAGCCACACUUUUUUCUGUUUUUUUUUCUGAAGCACCAAUUUUAGGAACAAUAGAAAAUGCAGUGUUUUGAGUAUAAACCACCAGCCCUUCAGGUUUUCAAAAACUCAAGACGACCUUGUCGGCUAUCGAUCUGAUGGCAAGUUGGCUAGUGAAUCUCUCAGAAUAUACUUUCAUGAUUUUCGUACAACAAAGUUAUUUGAAUUCAUCUCCAAAUCGCUGAAUUUUUCAACUGAAUCAAUUUUUCCAAAGAAUGGCAAGUGUGUCAAGAUCAUAUUUAUGAUUAGUUUUUAAAAUUAUUUUUUUUUUAAUCAUUUUUCAUAAGACAGAAUUAGUGAAAACACAUUAUUUUUUGGAACAAUAAUUUCCAAAGAUCUAGAUCGAAAUUUGAACCGUUUUUCCCAAAGAACAGAUUGCGACAUUAGAUAUCAAUGUUUUGGGAGAAUUUUUUUGAAAGUUCAAAUUUUGAUUGAGAAUUUUGUGAAAAAAUAAACCAUAUCCUACACGAUAGAUUCGACUUCGUUAAUUUCGAAUCCAUUGAGCAAAUCUGAAAAACUCAUUUUCUUUGCACAAUAAAAAAUGUUUUGCCUAUAAAAAUUGUCUGGGAUAGCGCAGUAGUCCGGUUUCUGGAUCCUAAAGUAAAGUUAUAAAAAUUUUACUGAAAAAAUAACAAUUUAAGACGCCAAAAUUAAUGUUCAGGUUCAUUUUUGAAUUGCAAUCAAGAUUUGACUUUGAGAUAAAUUUUGGAAAAAAACCACAGCGUGAAAUUUCAUUCCUCCGCGGAAACAUCUUUACCAAUUUUUGUUCGUUAACCUUCAGAUUCAAUCUUAAAAAAAUAAAAAAAAAGGUGUUCGAGCAGAAAAAAUACCGUAUUGCUGGUUUUUCUUAUGAACAAAAGAUUGAAUCAUAAAGAUUAAUUUAGGUUCUCUAUAAAUUGCCGUUUUCUGUCUGCGGUUUUCACAGUUUUUCUUUCAGAAAAUAAUUAUUUGUUUUGUUUAUUGACUAUUAAAGUUUUUUUUGUUCAAAUUAAUUAUUUUUUCAGUCAAUGGAAAUUGAAAAGUUCGUAGACAAAGAUUGUUUGGUUUGUAAUAAUCCAUCAAAAGGAAUGCAUUUUGGAGCAUUGACUUGUAGAGCAUGCGCUGCUUUUUUCAGGUAACAUAAAAAAUAUUAAAAACACUUUUAUAUAAUUGAAUAUUUUUAGAAGAGCUACAGUAUUAAAUUUGCAAUUUGAAUGCAUAAAUAAGAAUAAUAGUUGUACUGGAGAUAAAAAACGAAGAUUUAUAUGUAAAUCGUGUCGAUUUUCGAAAUGUCAAGAAAUUGGAAUGACAUCAAAAAGUUGGUUUAUUUAUUUAUUUAUUAAACGAAUUUUAUUUGAAUUGUCUGUUUUUUGUAGAAUUUAUAUUAGAUUAUGAUCCAACAACAUCAAUGAAAGACUUAUUUGAUUAUUAUUUAACAAGUGAAGAAUUAAGUUCAAGUUCUAUGACAAAUUCACCAAGUUGUUUGACAUCUGAAGAUGAAAAUAAUAUCAAUAAUGAUGAUAUUCUAUUCCAUUUUUCACCAAAAUCUUCGAAAACCUCAAAUGCAAUCAUUGAUUUUUCGGAUUUAACACAAAAAAUCGAAUUAAUAUUUGAUUCAAAUAAAAAUGGAAAAUACGAAAUUUCAAAUUUUCAAAAAAGUUCAGUAAUUGUUGAAAUAAAUCAAAUGGAAAUAUUUGAUAUGGUUAAAUUAUUGAAAAAUGCUAUAAUAAUUAAAUGGGCAAAAUGGAUCAAUUCAUUUUGUUUAUUAAAAACAAUUGGAAAACAACAAAAAAUGCAAUUAUUUCGAAAUUCUUGGAAUAUUCUACAUAUUUUUGAACGAUUACAAAUAACAUCAAAAUAUCAAGAAUUCUACAAAUCAAAUUCUAUUUUAAUUUCUGACAGUUUAUUAUGGAUUUGUGGAAAAAGUCAUUUUAAUGUUUCAAAUAUUUCUGAAAUUACUAAUAGAUAUUUCUCAAAGUAAGUUUGAAUUUUUCAAAAAUUUUGUUAUAUAAUUUUAUAUGAAUUUACAGAUUAUUUGAUCCAUUUCUUCAAAGAUUCAUUGAUGAAAUUGGUCAAAAAUUAUAUGAAAUUAAAAUAGCGGACCAAGAAUUAAAAUUUUGUUUAAUUCAAUUAUUAGGAUAUGAUACAACUGAUUUAACACAAGAAACAAUUGAAAUAAUUGAAAAAUUGAAAGAUGAAAUUGCCGAUGAAAUGCAUCAAUUUUAUUCGAAUGAUUUCAAUUUAACUAAUUAUUCAUGUCGAUUAAUUAGAUUAUUAAAUAUCGUGAAAAAUAUGAAGGUUUGUUAUUGAAUUUAUGAAAGAAAAGAAGGGUUCUAUUCAGUUAAUUAUAAUAAUUUCAGAAAAUUAUGACCGAAAAAAAUAAAAUCAAGGAAUUAUUCUACAUUUUCGAUAUUUUUCAUGCCGAUAUUUCAGAUCAUUAUUUUUUUGAUAUUUUUUAAUUUACAUUUUUUGAAUCAUAAAGUUUUUUGUUGCAAACACCUAUUUCAUUAAAAAAGUAGAAAACGAUAACUUCGGUUUGAUUUGAGAAAAAUCACAGAAUUCACAAUUUGCUCAAAAUAUAGUUAUGACGUGGCAAAGUUGCCACAAAAGCAAAACUCGAAUUUUGAUCAUGAUUAGUUAUUAAAAUUAUUAUUCAUAUUCCUAUCAUUUCAUAAGACAGAAUUAGUGAAAACAAUUUAUUUUUUGGAACAAUAAUUUCCAAAGAUCUAGAUCGCAAUUUUAUUUGAUUUGGGAACACAUUUUACGAAGAACAGAUUGCGACAUUAGAUAUCAAUGUUUUGGGAGACUAAUUUUGAAAGUUCAAAUUUUGAUUUUUGUGAAAAAUAAACCACAGAUUCGAAUUCGUUGAUUUCGAAUCCGUUGAGCAAAUGUGCAAAACUCAUUUUCUUUGCACAAUAAAAAAUGUUUUGCCUAUAAAAAUUGUCUGGGAUAGCGCAGUAGUCCGGUUUCUGGAUCCUAAAGUAAAGCUAUAAAAAUUUUACUGAAAAAAUAACAAUUUAAGACGCCGAAAAUUAAUGUUCAGGUACAUUUUGAAUUGCAGUCAAGAUUUGGCUUUGAGAUAAAUUUAGGAAAAAAAAUCGCAGCGGUCAGAACAAAAAAACUAGAUAUAAAAAGUUGAGAAAUGGUUUGUGAUCAUUCAAGUUUAUGUUAGAAACAAAAUUUUGAAAAUCCAAAAAACAGUGAAAUUAUUUUUCGAUAAUUCGAGCAGAAAAGUUCUUAACUCGAUAUUCAUUUUCGAUAAUUGAUUCUAGAAACCGGUUGAGAUGCUUAAUCUUUCUCUGUUUUCUGUCCUAUUUUUUUGAAAUCUCUAUCUGAUGUCUUAUAAAUAACGAGGUUGAUAUUACAUUAUUCAAAACAUAGAUCUCAAAAAUUUGAUUGAAUGAAAGACUUGAUACAUUACAUAACUCUAGCCUUCACAAUUGCUUUUCUAUUAAUUUUUUGUAGAAUUUGUUAAUGAUAAACAAUUUUCGUUCUAUUCACCAGAUGCAAAAAAUGAUGAAAAUAUAACAUUUAUUCCACCUUUCCACUCAAUUACUACUGAUUAUUUAGUAAGUUUUCUUUUCAAUAUCUAAUACAUUUAUUGAUCACAGACAUCAUCUGAUUAUAAUAUAACAACUUGUUCAAUUCGAAAAUCAAUGUCUCAGAUGGUUUUUAAUACAAUGUGUUUAUUAUAUGAUACAGAGGACUUUCUGAGAGGAAAUCAUAGUUUGAAUGACACAUGGCUCAAAAAACGGUUAGACUUCAAAUAUGAAAAUAUGAAAAUCAUCUCAAAAUGUGGUUGAUUUCAGAGCAUGCGAAUAUUCAGAUCGAGAAUUUGCUACAAUUUCAAAAAAUUAUACAACAAGAUCUGAUUUCACAAAUUUGGUGUUUAUAAGAGAUCCAUUCGACAGGUUUUUAUCAUUGUAUUUGGACAAAUGUGUUAGGUAAAAAUGAAUCAACUAUUUUUGUCAUCUCUGAAUCGAAUUUUCAGAGAACAUAGUUGUUUUGAGUGUCAUGAAGAUAUGAGAUGUGUAGUGAGAGAAAUAUAUAAAUCACUUCUAAAGAAAAUUCACAAUAAUGAAACGGAUUCAUAUAUGGACAUUCAUAGUGCUCCAACCAGGGCUGGUCGGAAGUGGCUUUUCGGAAUUUCGGAAGUCCCAUUUUCACUUCCGAUUUUAUUUUCGGAAUUUCGGGAUUCCGACUUUUUGUUCCGAAUAAUUUUUCGAUAGUUCGGAAUUCCGACUUUGUCUUCCGACAUUUUUUUCGGAAUUUCGGAAGUAAUUCGGAAGUGUUUUGGAAGUUCUAAUACGCAAGAAAUAGGUCUAAACAAAAUUUUUUGAUGAGUUAUCAGAAGAAUAAUAGUAAAAAUAUUACCGGAAAGUCGAUUUUGAUCUUAAGUUUAUCAAAGACAACAAAAUUUUGUCUAUUAUCGAUUAUUCGGAAAAAUUUUCACUGUCAUUUCACUCUCAAAACACAGUUUUCUACAUAAAAGCAAAUAUUCCGAAAUUCCGAAAUUUUUCGAAAGUGAUUCCGACAAAAAAGUCGGAAUGAAAAAAAAGUCGGAACGAGAGUCGGAAUUUAAGCAAUUCCGAGUUUUUCUUUCGGAAGUGCUUCCGACUAUUCUACACUUCCGAAAAAAUGUCGAUUUCCGGAAUUUCGGAAUUCCGAUAUUCCGAUUCCGACCAGCCCUGGCUCCAACUUCAUGGUUUUGUGAUUUUCGAGAAAAUUUGAAAACUUAUCAGCUGUUAGUGAUUGGAUCCGAUUUAGAGGAACGCAAAAAACCAGUCUUGAAAUUAUCAAAAAUUUUAGAAAAGAAGAGUGUUCCAAGUAACUUGAUUUCAAAGAUUGUUAAUGAUUUGUUAGGUGAGUUUUUUAUUUAGGAUAUUCAAUAAUCAUAGUUUCUUCAGUUGGUGAAACAAAACAUGGAACUCACACAUUCCCACGUCGAAAAAUAGCUGCUGAACAAAUCAAAAACGAUCCAAUAGUUCGAAAAUAUUUGCACAUGAUUUAUUUCAAUGAUUAUCUGAUAUUUCCAUUUGACCGCGCACAUUUGGAUCCAGAAUAUCAGAAUUCGAACUGGGAUGAAAAAUAUAAACACGAAUAUGCUGAUUAUAUUAAGAUACAGGAUUCCAAUGCUCAUAUCUUGUUAAAUUAA